AACUUUGGUUUGCAGCUGUGUGUGAACGAUGGCCACCGCCUCCGGAUCCAAGGAGCGUCAAACGUCCAGAAACAGCUUUAUCCCAGAGCUUCAGAGCAUGAUCUUCUGGAAGAGCCACUGCUCCUUCACAUAGAGAAGGGCCAGCUGACUGGACAAUUGCCCAAGGAGGUCUAUCAGACUAGUCCAAUGAGAGGAGACCCUGAGGAAGGCCCAGGACAAGCUGGAGAGGCUGUCUCUGAGCGGAAGAAGGAACAUUAGACUGGUGAAGAACGUUUGCUCUGGGCGACGCUCGCCGGCCCCUGCAUGACACGGCUGCUCUGGUGGAGGACAUUGUGCACACGCAGCUCAUUACCAUGCUUCAUCAGGCGUGUGAGGGGGCGACUCUGCGGGGGUCCAGGGUCAUUUCAGCUGAAGACAUCCUGUUUCUCAUGAGGAGAGACAAGAGGAAAAUGGCCCGAUUGCUGAAAUAUCUUCAGUUUCGAGAUUACAAGUCCAAGCUGCUGAAAAGUUUAGAAGAAGAAGAUGUGCAGCAAGAUGCAGGACCUGCAGCCGUCGGCAGUAACCAGAGGAGGCAGCGCUUGGCUCAGGACUUCCUGGCAUGGAUGGAUCAAACCGGAGAGCUGCUGUCUUUAGCUGAGCGGCAAGAAGCAGACCCGGUCAAACAGGAGAGGAUGGAGCGUCUGGAGCGUCAGACUCGGAACAUGGACCCGGCUCAGUACACAGAUUUCUGUGAGAGCCGUCAGCUCAGCUUUGCUAAGAAAGCUUCAAAGUUUCGGGACUGGCUGGACUGCAGCAGCCUGGAGCUGAAGCCCAACAGCAUCGCCAUGGAGGUGCUCUCAUACCUGGCUUAUGAGACUGUCGCACAGAUUGUGGAUUUAUCUCUUUUGGUGAAGCAAGAAAUGACAGCCAAGACUAAUCCUGUGAGUCAUGUGAUCUCUGCCAGCUACAUCCACUACAGCACUCACACUGAGGUGAAGAAGGAUCCUGACUCCCCUGAGGCCACACCCCCCUCCACCCCAGGAUCUUUGCACUCCUCAAAGCCCCUCCUACAGGGCAACGGCAGCAUAGACGCCCGAGCGAGACAAAGGAAACGCAAAAAGAGUGCCCCCGCUUCCGUGGAGCCCCCCAGUGGCGCCAUACAGCCCUGUCACAUCCGAGAGGCCAUCAGAAGAUACAACUACAGACACACAAGCGCCUACAAGAGGAAUGGGAUGGCGUUCCUCGCCUGCUGACUUCAGCCCUGCACCUUCUGGAUUUUUAUUUUUGUUCAAUAAAAACUUUCUGUCUGCAGAUUUGU